AUGACAACAAGCCACCCAUAUAUCACCAGCCACAUACCAACAAAAGCCAGUAAGUGCUUACCUGCCUCUCCCCAUACCCUCCGCAACCGCUCCACUCUCACCUCAUCACCUUCCCUAAGCCACCAACCACCGGCAUCGCGUCUAAGCCUUCCUGAGACACCUGUCUGGCGCCUCCGCGCGAAUCGCCACCGGGAAGGGAAUAUGUACGGCGAUUACUGGGACGCUGACUGUGUGUGCCGGAGCUCCGGUUGGGCGGUGCGGUUCCGCGGUAGCGGCUGCGCCGAGGGCGGCUGGAGGCCGAUGGCGGAGGAGGGAUAG